AUGGAUUCGUUCUCGCACGAUGAUGCUAUUGCCUUCCUGUCCGAGCUAGGGGUAGAGGCCCUCUCGAGUCCGGGCCUUGUGGAAAACGUCCAGCUGUCCAUCAGUCACAACGCCAGCCAAUUCAAAGGGCAGCAUCUUUUAGGUCAGCCGCGCGGCCCACCUACCGCAGCCCCCGAAGACUUACCAGCCCCCAAACGGCCCGCACCGGGCCCCGUCCCUGCCCGUCGGCCAAACCUGGACCCCACACCAGUUCCGGCAAGUCUGGCCAUGCAUCGGAAACAACCCGCCCGCCCCGCGGUGGCGCCAGAAGGUGUGAAGGUUGAGGCCCCCGGUGAAUUCUGGAAGGAUAAAGGGGAGUUUUCUAGUCCUACUUUCGACAACACCUCGGGAUCUCGGUCGACUCCAGUAGCGGGUCCGCCUUGCGUGCCGCCUCAGAUGAGGGGACGCCUCUCGGGCAAGAAAGGCGCUUGGAUGGCUUGGGUUGUGAACACGCUGGUCAUCUCGUGGAUCACGUCGGGUUUCCCACUCCGUUGGGUCUCCAGCCCUCCCCCCCCAGCACUCCGGCCGCAAUCACGCUUGGGCAACCGCCAACACCGCGUGGACACGGAGCUCUCCACCUUGGCGACUCAGUUUGCCCAGGUGGCCGGUCAGACACUCGCCCCGCGGACGUCCAAUGAUUACGCGCGGUCUUGGGAACCCUUCCGCGAGUGGUGGGUGGCCAGGCGCCUGCCCGGAAGCAUCUACGACACCCCGGGUGAGGCGGUGGCGCUCUAUCUGCUCUCCCUGCUGAACUUGUCCAAGGAAGAUAAGCUCGUCCGCGACCUCGCCGAAAAGCAACUCCAAGGCCGUAAGCUGGAACGCGACGCCCUGGAGCCGGCGGACGUCACGGUGCUGGCCCGGCUGGUCGGUGGGCCGGAGCCGCCCCUUGACCAGCUGAUGACCGUUACAGCCAUCGUGGUCAUGUUCACGGGGUUCUUUCGGUUCGACGAUGCUGCGGAGAUAAGCAUUCACGAGGACCUUCUGGUUAUCACGGCAACUGGGAUGGAUGUUUUCAUCCCUCGAUCCAAGACCGAUCAGCAGAGACAGGGUCACUGGGUUCCCAUCGCCCGCGUCAGCGGUGCCGCUUGCCCCGUGGGCCUGACAGAGCGCCUCCUCACCCUAGGACGGUACAAACGCCGCCCAGACACGCCGGACGAGGACGUCGGGCCCCUUUUGCGACCGGUCCAGUGGAACAGGGCCGGGGGGUACUUGUCAGGCCCCCUGACAGGCACGGUGGCCCAGCCGAUCCACUCCCUGUCGUACCCUGCCUUCUGCCACCGGCUCAACAAGACCCUGCAGGCGGCGGGGAUCACCCGCCGCAUCACUGCGCAUUCCAUGCGCAUAGGAGGAAAUAGCACUGCCGCCGACCGCGGCGUGCCUGAGGACCUGCGCAAAGCGCACGGCUGGUGGUGCAGCGACGCCAUGGUACAGCACUACACGCGGCGCGACGGGGAGGCGAAACUCUCCGUCUCCCGCAGCCUGGGCCUCGCCAGUGAGCAAAUGUCUCUUCGGUCUGCUGUGUAA